AAACCUUUACACAUCAACACAAAUUGUAUUUUGACAUUUACUUUUUUCCGAUUUUAUUUUUCGUGUCUGAUUUUUCGUAAAAAAUUAGUUUUGGGAAGCAAUAUCUUGAAACAUAUUCGUUUAUUUACAAAAUAAAUGUAUUUGUAUAGUUUUUAAUUUGUAUACUAUUUCAGAGUGUUUUAUCUAAGGGAAUUCGAUGAAAAAGUAAGUUAAAAAAAUGUUGCUGAACUUUUUUUUAUGGAGUAUUUUCCUUACACAUUUAGUAUACAGCGGUAAUGUGACCUCCAUUAACAACGAUAUUGAUAAAAAUAAAACUUUGAAUGUGAAAAAAAUACCGACAGAGGUAAUAACAAAUCAUACCCAAAUGGCAAUGGAAAGUGAAGGUGGUCCUAUAUUGCAUGACGUCCCCGCGACAGCUUUGCCUAAAACGAAUCUUAUGCUCGAACUUAUGAAUUUAGACAAAGAAAUGGGAAAAAUCAAGGAAAAACCAAUCCAAGCUCGAAAAGGAGUUGAAAAUCCAAUGCAUGUUGCACAAAAUGACAUUAUAGAUCAUAAUGAUACUAAGUCAAACAAUACUUUGAAACAAAAAUUCGAAAUGGCACUCAAGGGCCACGAGAAAGCUGUAACAGUUCCGCCAUCAGUUGCUAUCAAUGAUACCGUAAAACAAGAGCAGACCAAAGUUCAAAAUGCUACCAAAAUUGAAGCUCAUAAAAAACCUUUAAAAGUAUCUUAUCAAGCCUUAGCUAAGCUGGAAGAAAAGUUUGAUAGUGAUAUGAAAAUACCAUUUGUAAAAUCUUCACCUAAAACUAAAGUGAAUGAUCAAAUGCCUUCACCAAAUAAAGAAACAAAUACUAAGAUAUACUCAAUGGCUACCCAACACCCUGGUAUGGUGACACCAAUAGUUAUAACCAUACUAGUCGUGCCAAUGUUUGCAGUACUUGGUUAUAUGGCUAUAAAACGUGGCCAAGAAGCAUGGAAGAACAGACAUUAUAAGAGGAUGGAUUUUCUUCUUGAUGGAAUGUAUAAUGAUUAGGAAAUAUUGCAUUAUUUUAGAUACAUUUUCGUAAAACUAAAAAAUAUUUAUAUAAAAUAACAAAUGUAAAUAUUUUAAGACUUGUAGUUGAAUCUGCAAUUUUUAUUUUGGAGAUGUUUUGCAUGUAUAAAAUUAAAAAUAUUUAUACAAAAAAAAUCAAAUGUAAUUAAUAUUGAUAGGGUUAUCUUUUAUAUCACAGUAUAAAAAUUCUUGCAGCAUUCCAAUAAAGGGAUCAAUGAAAACAAUUAUAUGAUGAGUUGUGUGACAAGAUGGCAGAUGAUGGUGAUAUAUUAUGUGAUUAAUUUUGUGCCUAGAAAGCAUCAAACACUGAACAACAUCUUGUUGAUUAAAUAUGGUUCUUCUAAUGAAAUAUCUGGUGUAUGAAUUUUUAUAUUGUAAAAAUAUUUUCAAUGAUAUUUAUACUGCAUUUUUAUACAACAUAUAUUUUAGCAAUAAGGUGCAAUAAUAGCUAUAAUAUUGUUGUUUUAUCUGAAUGUUAAUUAUGCUGAACUAAAUGCUUUAUAUUACUUGUAAAGUGUUAUAUACCAAUUGACAAGUCGGUUAUGCUUGGGUGCUCCUGAUGUGCCUUUAUUAUACAAAUUGCUAAAUGGCAGAAAAAAACAAGCAAAAUUACCUUGUAGUAUUAUUCUUUGUCAAAUAGGUCUUGCAAAAUUAAUGAUCAUGGACAACACAAAUCAGCUGCUAAUGUAUUAAAUUAUUAUAUUUACAAUGGGUGGCCUUUGGUUGUAACUGUUUUCUUAAUUAGUUUUGGAUAAGAAGUGUUUUUUUUUUACUUGCAAUAUUUGCAGCUAUUUGUGUGGAACCUAAGCCUGUAUAACAUGAAUUUAUGAUGUAGAAGAUAUUAUUUAUCAUAUUAUGGGACGUACAGGAAAGUCAGGUCAGCAAGUAUACCGCCAGGUUUACUUGGAAUAACUGGUGAACUUUUUCCAAAUUUUGUAGUAUUGCCUUAGAAUUAAAGACUUAAGUGUCUUCCACAUAGGAUAAGAUAUUUAUUAAAAUGUUGUGAUAUUUCCAGAAUUUAUAACAAAGUUGUUUGAUAUUAAAUUUGUGUAUUUUGAUGAAUUUACUCUAGUUACCAAAUAUUUGCGUAUAGAUCAAAAGAGACCAGUAUUUAUAUUGUACUGAGAGGUUUCUAUUGUAGACUUUUGCAUGCAACCUGCUGAAAAAAAAAUCC